GAGAAAAAAUAACUAACUAUUAUCGUAAAAUGGAGCAGAAAGAAGAUCAGCUGGACAGAGAAACCUUCUCCUGUUCGAUCUGUCUGGAUCUACUGAAGGAUCCAGUGACUAUUCCCUGUGGACACAGUUACUGUAUGAACUGUAUUAAAACACACUGGAAUCAAGAGGCUCAGAAAGGAAUCCACAGCUGUCCUCAGUGCAGGGAGACUUUAACGCCGAGGCCAAUCUUGAAGAAAAACACCAUGUUAGCAGCUUUAGUGGAGCAGCUGAAGAAGACUGGACUCCAAGCUGCUGAUCACUGCUAUGCUGGACCUGAAGAUGUGGCCUGUGAUUUCUGCACUGGAAGAAAACUGAAAGCUAUCAAGUCCUGUUUAGUCUGUCUGGCCUCUUACUGUGAGAAACAUCUUCAGCCUCAUUAUGAUUCAGCUACAUUUAAGAAACACAAGCUGGUGGAGCCCUCCAAGAACCUCCAGGAGAACAUCUGCUCUCGUCAUGAUGAGGUGAUGAAGAUGUUCUGUCGUACUGAUCAGAAGUGUAUCUGUUAUCUCUGCUCUGUGGAUGAACAUAAAGGUCACGACACAGUCUCAGCUGCAGCAGAAAGGACUGAGAGGCAGAGAGAGCUGGAGGUGAGACGAGAAGAAAUCCAGCAGAGAAUCCAGGACAGAGAGAAAGAUGUGAAGCUGCUUCAACAGGAGGUGGAGGCCAUCAAUCACUCUGCUGAUAAAACAGUGGAGGACAGUGAGAAGAUCUUCACUGAGCUGAUCCGUCUCAUCCAGAAAAGAAGCUCUGAUGUGAAGCAGCAGAUCAGAUCCCAGCAGGAAACUGAAGUGAGUCGAGUCAAAGAGCUUCAGGAGAAGCUGGAGCAGGAGAUCACUGAGCUGAAGAGGAAAGAUGCUGAGCUGAAGCAGCUCUCAAACACAGAAGAUCACAACCAGUUUCUCCACAACUACCCCUCACUGUCAGCACUCAGUGAGUCUACACACUCAUCCAGCAUCAAUAUCCGUCCUCUGAGAUACUUUGAGGAUGUGACAGCAGCUGUGUCAGAGCUCAGAGAUAAACUACAGGACAUCCUGAGAGACACAUGGACAAACAUCUCACUGACCCUCACUGAGGUGGAGGUUUUACUGUCAGAACCAGAACCAAAGAGCAGAGCUGGAUUCUUAAAAUAUGCAUGUAAAAUAACCUUGGAUCCAGACACAGCACACAGAUAUCUGUUACUAUCAGAGGAGAACAGGAAGGUGACAGUGAUGGAUCAACAUCAGUCUUAUUCUAGUCAUCCAGACAGAUUCACUGAAUGUUUCCAGGUCCUGAGUAGCGAGAGUCUGACUGGAUGUUGUUACUGGGAGGUAGAGAGGAGAGCCAAAGUAGCUUAUAUCGCCGUCUCAUACAAGAACAUAAGUAGAGCAGGAAAUGGAAGUGGAUUUGGAUAUAAUAACAAAUCUUGGUCAUUGUAUUGUUACCAACGCAAAUAUGAAUUUUGGCACAAGAAAAUGUCAACCUCCAUCUCAGGUCCUGGUUCCUCCAGAGUAGGAGUGUACCUGGAUCACAGAGCAGGUCUUCUGUCCUUCUACAGCGUCUCUAAAACCAUGACUCUCCUCCACAGAGUCCAGACCACAUUCACUCAGCCGCUGCAUGCUGGACUUUGGGUUUUUAACUUUGCAGAUACUGCUGAGAUUGGUAAACUUAAAAAAGCAAAACCUUUCAGAAUUAAAAGCUAAAUGUUAUGUUUCUCUUUGCUUAGAAAGCUUGUUCUACCAGCUUCAUGCAACAAUCAUCGUCUUUUUAUGUUCUUAUGGGGAUCUCCUGAAAUUUAGCUGCUGUCAGGAAACAUUUUAAGCCUCAAGAGUGCUGUGGGCAAGGGACACCUCCCAAUCUGAGAGAUUUGGAAAACCUUUGCAAGGCAGAGGGAAAAUGUUUCCAAGUCAAGAACCAAAAUGGUCAAUAAUGGUUCUAUUUUGGAUUUUGUGGACAUUAAUCCUGUUUACUUCUACUGAUUUCUUACAGUUCAACCCAAAAGCAUUGACUGAUGUCUUCCUUAGCCUUAUAUGUUUCACUUUUUCAACUUCACUCCGUUUGGACCCAGUUUGGACCCAGCUGACUGAGAGCAACCAGCAUCUAUUGACACACUCCGUGGUGAUGUAGCUCCUUAAAGGAGAGUUGCUG